GAUUCCAGCAGGGCCUUUGCAAGGUUUUCUGGAUGAUGCGGCAGGUUGUCGGCAUCACAGGAACUCGACAAACAUCACGAGCUCGGGCACGCUCUCCUGGUUCUGGCAGCGUCACGGUGGCUUCCGGUGGAAAAUCGCAGGGGCCAUCGCAGAACACGGCAUACGGCUUCCAAAGCCCUGCGCAGCCAAGCCGACCGUCUGUGGGCGCAAGCUGUGGGUCUAGCAGUAUCCCUUUUGCCGCUCCUGGCAAUCGCGCUGUCAAUGUGGCUCGGAAUAGCACCUCCGGUGCUGUGGCAGCUCCUGAACCGAAAACUUCUCGGACCUCGCGACUCAGUGUCGUGGUUCGGAAGCGGCCAAUGAACAAGAGGGAGGUGCAGACGGCACAGCAAGAUGUCGUGAUGUGCAGGGAAAGUGCCGUCAUAGUGCGGGAGCCGAAACUGAAGGUUGAUCUCACGCGCUAUGUGGAGGAGCACAACUUCCUCUUUGAUCAAGCCUUCGACGAGACGGUGACCAAUGAGUCGCUAUACAGGUCUUGUGUGCAGCCCAUCAUCGAUGCAGUCUUUCAUCGAGCCAAGUGCACUUGCUUUGCGUAUGGUCAGACAGGCAGCGGGAAGACCUUCACGAUGAUGGGCCCUCCCAAGCGCUUGGUCGAGAACCUUGCCCCGGAAGAGCGAACUCCCGGGAUUUUCCUGCUUGCAUCCCAGGACAUCUUCAGGUCGGUUGCGAGCAAGGACUACUCACACCUUGGAGUCUUCAUCGCUUUCUAUGAGAUCUACUGCGGUAAGCUUUUCGAUCUCCUGAACAACAGGCAGAUCUUGCACGCCCGCGAGAAUGCCAAAGGCAACGUUGUCAUUGCUGGGCUGCAGGAGCAUCCCGUGGGCAAUGUGCAGGAUCUGAUGGAGGUCAUCGAGUUCGGCCUCAACAGUCGGACAACGGGCGUGACCGGUGCCAACGUAGACUCGUCUCGCUCCCACGCCAUUCUGCAGAUCAGCUUGAAGGACUUGGAGUCCAAGGAGGAGCACGGGAAGAUCUCCUUCAUUGACCUUGCAGGCAGUGAGCGUGGUGCAGACACCCUGGACACCGACCGACAGACGCGCAUGGACGGCGCCGAGAUCAACAAGUCCUUGCUUGCACUCAAGGAGUGCAUCCGAGCCCUGGAUCAGCAGUUGGACCACACACCCUUUCGAGGCUCCAAAUUGACGCAGGUCUUGAAGGACUCCUUCGUUGGUGCAAACUGUCGGACUGUGAUGAUCGCGAAUGUCUCGCCGUGCAGUGGUGCUGUGGAGCACUCGCUCAACACUCUCAGGUAUGCGUACCGAGUGAAGGAGCUGCGAAGUGCACCAGCUCCUUCCAAGGUGGUGACACCACCACCAGGUCCCGGUGCUGAUGCUUCGCAACAGCUCCUCUCAAUGCAGGGCGAUCUUCUGGUGGAUCGCUCGAGUGACAGCAGCGAUGAGGAACUCCAGCCGCCACAGCCAUCGCGGCGUGCGUUCAGCAACGAUGCCCAGGCUUCACCUGCGAGCCAGGGCAGCGGAUCCAGUUGGAACGGCACGCAGCGAUUGGCAACCUCUGCACAGGUGGCCAACGCAGUUGCUGCGGCCAAUGCCGCCGCAGCUGCAGUACUGCCUUUGCAGCAGCAGAUUCAGCAGAAAGAGCUUCAGUACCAGCCACCUGCUGGACAGGCUACACCAUCACAGAAUUCCAACUGUCCGUCACAGCAACAGGCCCCACAGCACCAAUGCCACACGCCACAGCACUCCCCACCGAACACACACGUUCAGCCAUCAUUUCAACCACCGCAACCAACGCAGCCAACGCAGCCGCCAUCACAGGUGCAGCAGUCCAUAGUGCAGGACCCUGUGGCAGCUGGCCUCCCUGACCAUUCCCAAGCAGCUUUGGACGAGUUGGCUCGACAACACGACCGGCUCAUAGGCACCAUCCUGGCAGAGGAGGAGGAGUUGAUCACAGCUCACCGUCAGCACAUUGACAUGAUGGUGGAGCUGAUCAAGGAGGAGAUGGUGCACUUGAACAACGUUGACCGUCCGGGCUCUGACGUCGACGCUUACGUAAAUGGCCUCGACCGGAUACUCCGAAUGAAGGCUGAUUACAUCGGCGACAUCCGUUCUCGCGUGGACCUCUUCAAAGAGCACCUUGCGCAGGAGGAUGCGCUUUCACGGAAGUUCCAAUCCCUAGCAUCAUCAUCGGGUUGA